CCCCGCCCGCGGGGUCACCGCCCCUCCGGCGCGGGCGGCACCGGCGGCUCCGGCGGCUCCCUUUGUGCCGCCCGGCAGCGACGGACGCGCGGACAACGGCGGCGGCAGGUGAGGCGGCGGCGGCAGGAAUGGAGGGGAAAAAACUCAUCUCUGCAACAGACACACAGUAUUCUAGUGUGCUUCUUCAGUCUUUGAAUGAACAACGUGGCCAUGGACUUUUUUGUGAUGUUACAGUCAUCGUGGAGGACCGGAAGUUUCGAGCUCACAGAAACAUCCUUUCGGCCUCAAGCACAUAUUUUCACCAGCUUUUCUCAGUGGCUGGUCAAGUGGUUGAACUGAGCUUUGUGAGAGCAGAAAUUUUUGCAGAAAUUCUUAAUUAUAUUUAUAGUUCGAAAAUAAUCAGCGUUCGAUCCGAUUUACUUGAUGAACUGAUCAAAUCAGGGCAGCAGCUGGGCGUGAAAUUCAUAGCUGAUCUGGGCAUAGCUCCGUCCGAAGAGAAAAAUGUGCCAAGCGAGGUCAAAGAUGGUGCUUCAGAAACUUCUAGUCCAAGUCAAAGGGAUGCUGAAACACAAGUACCUCUAAUCAGGCCAGAGAGUCAAGAGGCAACGGAUGGGAUGCCAGUUAUAACACAGUCAUUCUCCUUACAUGGCAUAGAAUAUGAGACUACAAAAAUUACAGUGAGCGACUCGGAUGAUGAGGACGAUGAUGUAAUUUUUUGUUCUGAGAUUGUUCCUCCAAAAGAAUGUACUAAAGAUAAAAAUGCUGCAAGCCAGAACCAGCCUUGCUCAAGUCCAGCUGGAGCUUCUGACCAAAAAACCUGUGGCGGUGGUGGCUCUCCCUGUUUGACAAACACCACAGCAGCUCAAAACCUCACCUUGUCUGCCAGUCAGCUAAACCCAAACCAAACACAGUCAGGUGCUGAAUCGCUUGUCUCGGCAACUCCCCAGCAUUUUACCCCUAAUAUCAUCGUGCUAAACAAGCCUCUGCUUAACUCAUCACUUGGUGCCAGCUCCUUGCAUCAAACACACGUGACCCCUACAAUUAAUUUACUUGAGGAGAACCAGCAGCCAUCUAAUAAGGGCUCCUUAACUGAAGUGGAAACAACUGCUGUUGAUGAUGAAGAGGUUGUUGAAGAUGAUGUCGAUAUCAUUAGCUCCUCUAGUCCUGGUUCAGUCAGCAGCAGCUCUUUGGUUCAGCAGUCUUCUGUUCCCAAGGCAGCAACCACUGAGGGAUCAGGUGUACAGAAAAAACAGGUUGUUACAUUUCCACAAGAGUCAUUUGCUAAACCUGGAGAAUUUAAAAUAAAAAUCUCAGAUGUCCUUAGCGGAAACAACAAGGAAUUCAGUUCGGGCAUAGCAUCAAAGAAUGUGGCAGAUGGGCAGAAAAUCAUAACAUUAGAUACAGCAACUGAAAUAGGAGGCUUAUCGACAGGCUGUAAGGUUUAUGCAAACAUCGGUGAGGAUACGUACGACAUAGUCAUCCCUGUAAAGGGGGAUUCCGAGGAGGGGGAAGCCAAGCCUGAGGACACGCCUAGAACAUCUGGUGAUGAAUCUUCAAACAGGAAACGCAUGAAAGUAAAGCACGAUGACCAUUACGAGCUCAUAGUGGAUGGCAGAGUGUACUACAUCUGUAUCGUGUGCAAGAGAUCCUACGCGUGUCUGACGAGCUUACGGAGACAUUUUAACGUCCAUUCCUGGGAGAAGAAGUACCCGUGCCGGUACUGUGACAAGGUGUUUGCUCUGGCAGAGUAUCGCACCAAGCACGAGCUCCACCACACCGGGGAGCGAAGGUACCAGUGCUUGACGUGUGGCAAGACUUUCAUCAACUACCAAAUCACGGUCUCCCACAUCAGAUCGGUUCACAGCCAAGACCCUUCCGGAGACACCAAGCUCUACCGGCUGCACCCCUGCAGGUCCCUGCAGAUCAGGCAGUACGCCUACAUUAGUGACCGCUCGAGCAGCAUCCCGGGAAUGAACGAGGGGGGAAUUGUCUAUCGAGUCGGCUCAGGGAAGGACGGCACUGAAGGGACAGCGCCUAACUCUCCAGCCAAACAAAUUAGCUGGGACGACAUUUUCGUUCCGCCGGGAAACGAAACAAUGUUCAAACAAAAUCCGUCAGAGGGAAGUACUGAGUUUGAGUUUGUAAUACCAGAGUCUUACUGAAAUGCAUUAAGUGCUGGAAAAAAGGAUUCAGUGCAGAAAUAUUGCAGCUGUUUUAACGGGACUGUUAAAAUAGCUGUAAAAUAAAAGGUUAAAGUCAAAACAAGCUAACUUGUUCUACAAAGUCACCAAAAUGGUAACACUUGUCUGGAUUAUGUUAUCUGCAGUGAUUUGUGGAAGCAAUUAAUCUCAAAUUUACCUGAAUAGAGAGGAAGACAUUUCUAAGGAGCUGGCAGUGUUUUCUGGUAUGUUAAAUUUGAUCAAAACAUGAGGAUUUGUAGCUUGAAAAGGUACAAUUUCUUCUAAAGACCUAGAAAUAUUUCUAAAAUAAUUGAAUUAUUUUCUGUACCCAUACCUACUAUGUAAACCCUUUAUUUCAUGUUAGCACUUUAAUGGUGAAUUCUGUUUAGAUGUUAACCAAGAAAACAGGCUUUUUUUCAUUGUCUCUUGGUCGUGGAACGAUUUAAAAAAAGUAAUCCCACACCUCA